AUGGCCCCGCGCAAGAAAGACGUUCUAUCUACAGUCACUGACAAGACGGAGUCUGCUGCCGACGCAGUGGACCGGUCGACCAGCCACCUGCGCCAGAAGACUCAAUUGGAACGCGUUCCAUCCCCGGUUCGAUUUCUUCUGGUUGUGGCUAGCAGCUUGAUCCUCAGCUCUACCCUGUUUACCCUCUCCACGGGUAUCACCCAGGGCGAACUGGGUGAUGUGAGCAAACACCGCGAGGGAUGGUGGGAAGUGGGGGGAUUGACAGCAUGGAAGGCCGUCGAGGUUGGAUUGGCCUGGAUCUUGGGAUUUGACGGUCGAGAUGUGUCCUCGUUCAUCUUCUUUACCCACCUGCCCACCUUCGCUCUCCUGGCGUCCUUCUACCACAUCCGGCCGACCACCGUCCUCAUCUCGUACGCAGUUAUUCUCUCCUCGACGUCAAUCCCUUUCAUGGUCCUCCGCAACCCAUCCUCCGUGCACAACCUCUCCGGCGCCCCCCGGGGUGCCGUCUCCAACCGAUCGAUCCUUCAAGACCGCGCGACCACCAUCUACACCACCGUCGCGGCAACAUCCAUUUUCACCGUGGUCCUGUACAUCAGUUACGCCACCUGGAUCCCAGCCCAGCUGGUCCUCCAUUUCGUCAACAUCCCCGAUAUCAGCGCCGUGCACGCCGGUCCUGCGGGUCUCCCCGUCUUGUUCGUCGCCCUUCUCCCCGCCGGCUGGGCCGCGCGAGACUUCCUCUUCGCUAGCUCCGCCGGCGCAUUAGCGUCGAAGUCGGAUUCUUCUUCUGCUCGACAGGGCGAGUAUCUCGCCUCCGCGAUCUAUCGCAAGUCAUGGGGCUCCCUGUCCGCCAAGACGCGCGUCCUGAUCUCGCGCGCCUGCAUCCUUGCUAGUAUGCUGGUGAUCAAUACCGUCGUGCAGCUGGUGGGCACCGUUGACGGGGUCGACAUCCAAGGCGCGUCAGCGUGGGGAUCCCUCUGGGCCGUUGCGACUUUCGCCGUGGCAGGGACCUUUGGCUGGAUCGAGGCUGUUGACGGAGUAUAG